AUGACUGGCAAAGCAAGAGGCAAGCCUGCAGCGAAGAAGACCAAGAUCGAGUCAGACAGAAAUCAAUCCAAAGAUGACAAAAAGAAGGAAAUGCAUCCUACUAGGGAUACGGCCUUCGCUAACGAUGCCAUCAGAAGCCUGGAGUCCGACAGUAGGAUGUUGACCAGUGCGAAUAGCCAGCAGCAGGAAUAUUUCCACUCUGUAUUGGACAAAAUUCAGAGUGAAACCCUUGGACGUAUCCUUUACGAUGAACUCCGGGAGGUUUCCUCCACUUCUAUACAUGCACAAGCACAAAUUGCAUUGAUUGGCGAGACUGGUGCGGGAAAAUCAACCAUGGCAUCGACUUUGCUCAGAUACCGCAAACUCAUUCCCGCCAUGGGCGCUACUGGUGAUGCAUGCACAGCCGCUCCGACAAAAAUAAUGUAUAACGAAGAGCCCGACUCUUUCAAACUUGAGUUUGUCUACAUCAAUCAAGAGGAGCUCAAAGAACUCUUCGACGCAGCCAAGACUGUGAUUGAUUCUUUGGAACCUACACUGCGUUCAUCUGAUAGUCGUCUAGGCAGGAUCAAGAAGAUCUCAGGCUGGUCUGACGACGAUAUUAUGUCGAAGCCCUUCGAAGAUAUUCUCGCGAUCGAUAACGUCAAGAAUAUAAUCACAUCAGCCUAG